UUCACAGUUGCUUCACGCGCAGAAGGAACACGUUAAUAGCACAGUAGUAGUUAGUGAUUUAGCAAAUCCCUCUCAUUUCCAAAUCAACAAAACGCGCAAACAAUAUACAAAUUUUUUCUCGCAUCAUCGAUUUCUCCGGCAGUUCUCCGAUUUCCUUUUUUCCGGCGAGAUCGUGAACUUUCCGUCGGAAAAAAACAGCAACCGAUCCGAUUCUGAACGCCCCGAUCCGGUUUCGUAAUUUAAUCGAGUUAAUUUUGAGUGAUGGCUCCGGUGUCGGCGCUUGCCAAGUACAAAUUAGUGUUCCUCGGCGAUCAAUCCGUCGGGAAAACCAGUAUCAUCACUCGGUUUAUGUACGACAAAUUCGACAACACUUAUCAGGCUACUAUUGGUAUUGAUUUCCUAUCCAAGACGAUGUACCUUGAAGACAGAACUGUACGUUUGCAGCUGUGGGAUACUGCUGGUCAAGAAAGGUUUAGGAGUCUCAUCCCGAGCUAUAUAAGGGACUCCUCAGUUGCUGUCAUAGUAUUUGAUGUUGCAAGUAGACAAUCGUUUCUUAACACUUCAAAGUGGAUCGAGGAGGUUCGUACUGAGAGAGGAAGUGAUGUUAUUAUCGUCCUAGUUGGCAACAAAACUGAUUUGGUGGAUAAGAGGCAAGUUUCAAUAGAGGAAGGAGAGGCUAAAGCUCGUGAUCUCAACGUCAUGUUUAUCGAAACUAGUGCAAAGGCCGGUUUCAAUAUUAAGGCCUUGUUUAGGAAGAUUGCUGCAGCUUUGCCAGGAAUGGAAACUUUAUCAUCAACAAAGCAAGAAGAUAUGGUGGACGUGAACCUCAAAUCUAGCAACGCAAACGGAUCUCAGUCACAACAGCAGUCUGGAGGAUGUGCCUGCUAAUUAAUUCAAAAAAAAAGAAAAAAAACGAGCCUCGAUUUUUUUUUUUUUUUUUUUUUGUGGUUCUAUCGUAUUUUUUGGUCGGGACAAAAAAAUAUAUGCAUCUGUAGAAAGUUCUUGUUAUUUGAUAGCGGAUCGAUUCUGGUUGUGAUUUGUCAAGAGUACUUUUAAAUCGGGAUAUAGUAGUAGAUUGUCGUUGUUGUUUCAUUCUCUACUGUGUGUGUUUUUCUCAUCUUACGUAUGUACCAUUUUGGCGUAUUCGUAGUCAUUGAGACUGUAGUUAGUUUUGUUCCUUUCGGUGUUGUUUAUUUUUCUUCUUCACCGACCCCCUAAGUAUGCGUUUAUUGGAUAUGUAUUCAUAUGAUUACGGAUGUAAACGAGAGAGUUGAUUAUGUGAUUGUUUGGAUUUGUCGAUUUUUUA